AUGCAUGCCAUGCGUUACCACAAAAGUGGCACAAGUACUGUCGAACUCAAUUCCUCCGAAGAACAUUUAGUUGCAUCAGGAAAUAAUGUCAAAGAAUCUGAAGAUGUUGCAGUUGGUGAAACACUCAAUGAAUUUGGUUUACUAUAUUUAAAAUGCAGGGAGAAAUAUUUUAUGCCAGUUUCAGUCAUCAAAAAUAUCAUGGAUGAUGUAGUUGAAUUUUUUGUAAAUACUCCAGAACCUGAGGUUUUACUUGACAUUGAGAAUUUAUGGGAUUCUUUGAAAAAAGAAGAAAAAUAUAAGCAAGUCUGCUAUUCAUAUGGCUUUGUAGAACCAAUCAAGGUUAGUGUUGGAGUUGAAGGCGAUAAAUAUUAUUACGUCCCGAUAUUAGAGACUUUAGUUCGUUAUAUAUCACAUGAUGACGUUAUUGCCAGCAUUGAAAAGAACAGACUGCAAUUUGGUGAUGACAUAUUACACGAUUUUACUGAUGGAAAAUAUUUUCUCCAGAGUAGUUUUUUUAAUGGUAACAAAAACAUGCUUCGUAUUCAUUUAUACGUGGAUGAAGUGGAAGUUUGCAAUCCACUAGGCUCUUCUAGAGGAACUCACAAACUCACCUGCUUUUACUACACGCUUGGCAAUGUACAAGUGAAAUAUCUUUCUUCAUUGCGCAAUAUGCACAUUUUAGCUGUAGUUUACUCAUCUGUUGUGAAGACAUAUGGGCACUCGGCAGUUCUAGAAAAAUUUUGCCAAGAUGUUUGGAUUCUUGAACAUGAAGGUAUAUCUGUGAAAACCACUGAUGGUCAAAAUUUGCAUUUUUACGGUGGGCUUGCGACAAUUAGUGGUGAUAAUUUGGGAAGUCAUGACAUAGGAGGAUUUCGCAGAUGCUUUAAUAGUGGGAGAAUCUGUCGCUUCUGUAUGUGUGUAUAUUCUGAUCUCUGCAAGAAAUGCAACGAAGGUCUUUUCGUAUUAAGGUCACAGCAAAUGCAUGACAAUCAUGUUGCGGCAGUGGAAAAAGAUGUAAGACUUGUGGCGGCAUAUGGUGUCAGAGGGGCCUCACCUCUUAAUUCACUGAGUUCGUAUCAUGUGUCAACAGGACUUCCCCCAGAUGCUAUGCAUGACCUGCUCGAAGGUGUGCUUCCGAUAGCUUUGAAUUUAAUAUUAGAGAAUUUAUUCCAAAGUAAUGUUUUAUCAAAAACACAGUUCCACACCGCCUUGAAAACUUUUAAAUUUGGCCGUAGUGACUCGAAAAAAUUCUUUUUCUUGUAUUACCACAAUGAAUGCAAGUGA